AACCCCCACCACCACGCACUUAGUCAGAACAUUUCUUCUUCGUCUUCUUCUUCGCCUUCCUCAUUCCCAUUCUCAGCACCACAAUUCACAUUUCUUCACCGAGCAUUCUCAUUCAUAUUUCAAGGAAGUUGCAGAACCAAUCGCAUGCAAUGGAAGAUUAACAGAUCAUCCAAUUUUCUUCAUCGGAAGUUGCAGAACCACCACCAGCAGGGGAAAAAACCUAAACCAUGUCCGUUACGGAGCUCAAGGAGCGUCACCUCACGGCCGCCGAGACUGUCAACAAUCUCCGGGAACGGUUGAAGCAGAAGCGCCUUUCAUUGCUCGAUACCGAUAUUUCUGGCUACGCGAAAUCUCAAGGUAGAGCUCCUGUCACGUUUGGACCAACUGAUAUCCUUUGCUGUAGAACGCUGCAAGGUCAUACCGGAAAGGUGUAUGCGUUAGAUUGGACUUCCGAAAAGAAUCGAAUUGUUAGUGCAUCCCAGGACGGACGAUUGAUAGUGUGGAAUGCUCUGACAAGCCAGAAAACUCAUGCCAUAAAGCUUCCGUGUGCAUGGGUCAUGACCUGUGCUUUCUCGCCAACUGGUCAAUCUGUUGCAUGUGGUGGUCUUGACAGUGUUUGUUCUAUAUUCAAUCUUAAUUCCUCCACUGACAGGGAUGGGAAUCUAAAUGUUUCGCGGAUGCUUAGUGGACAUAAAGGUUAUGUUUCCUCUUGUCAGUAUGUUCCGGAUGAAGAUACUCACCUAAUUACUGGUUCUGGUGAUCAAACAUGUGUUUUAUGGGAUAUUACUACUGGCCUUAGAACAUCUGUUUUUGGCGGUGAAUUUCAGUCUGGACAUACUGCAGAUGUACUUAGCAUUUCCAUCAAUGGAUCCAACUCUAGAAUGUUUGUAUCUGGUUCUUGCGAUGGAACUGCAAGAUUGUGGGACACUCGUGUGGCAAGUCGAGCAGUGCAGACAUUUCAUGGACAUGAGGGUGAUGUCAAUACUGUCAAAUUCUUUCCUGAUGGAAAUAGAUUUGGAACUGGCUCAGAUGAUGGCACUUGCAGAUUGUUUGACAUUAGGACUGGGCACCAACUUCAAGUAUAUUAUCAGCAACACAGUGACAAUGAAAUCCCACAUGUAACCUCCAUGGCAUUCUCCAUAUCCGGAAGACUUCUUUUUGCUGGAUACACAAACGGCGCGUGCUAUGUUUGGGACACUUUAUUGGCAAAGGUGGUCUUGAAUCUAGGAUCACUUCAAAACUCUCAUGAUGGAAGGAUCAGCUGUUUAGGUUUGUCAGCUGAUGGAAGUGCCUUAUGUACAGGAAGUUGGGACACAAAUUUAAAGAUUUGGGCAUUUGGAGGGCAUAGGAAGGUGAUUUGAUGGAGCCCGUUAAAGGGCAAAGAGUCGUACUUUGACCUCCUUUAUGAGGACCACUCCUUGUACGGUAUUGUGGCUCAUCACAGUCCAGUGCUGAUGUUUGUGAAUUGUGAUUGUAAAUUUGGAGGAAAAUUGGAAGGCAAUGAAGUUAGCGAUGGAACCAGUGCAGCAGUUUGCUAAUCCCGUUUUCAUUGGUUCUUGUGUGUUGUGAUCUAGUAGUAUUGUACUGGUGGCUUCUAUACCUAAGCCUGAAAAGUUAAAACCAAAAAGGACUGUUUGCUUUCCCAUCUCAAUUAACAACUAGUUGAAGAUGAGGAACGGUAGACUACAGUGACGGACAAAUGGAGUUUAAUUGAAAAUGAGUUAGCUGUUAUUACUUGAAAUGCGUAGUGGAAAAGCUAACGUCCACAACUAUAUAAACAAAACGUGAAUAAAAUGAUCGAUUUUGCGUUAAGUAUUUAUACAUGAGAAACUACCAAGA